AGCCAGAGCAGUUCUGCUGUGGGGAACGAGGCAGGAGCUCUCGUGGGGACCAGCAUGGGAGAAUUCUGAUCGAAACCACAGAAAGAUGAGGUGCCGUGGCUGAGUCAUUAACUCAAGUAUCCAGCAGUAUGGAAGGUUUUGAAGCCUCUGGAGAGGAGGGAAAGAAGAAAUCUAAGUUUAAAGCCUUUAAGAACUUUUUUAGCAAGAAGAAGAAGAAAGAACCAGAAGAAGUCCCAGAAGUGGCAGUACUAAAGCCCAGUUUUUCCAGCAGCAGUGUUAGUGGGUCUUCUCUGCAGCCAGCUCUGGAAGAGCAAGUGAUGGAGUCCAAGCCCAAGAGCGGCAUGGGAGUCAAGUCCAUAUCCCAUGACAGUGUCUUCUGUUUGGAUCCUGAGCCUGAAAAAGCAGCAGGCAAGCUACCCUCUUCUCCAGCGCCCCACAGAAGCAAAUCACUAAAGAUCAAAUCUCAGCGCUCACAGAGACUUGGCAUCAGCCCACUCAUCCAAUCUGAGAAAGUCUGUGAGGAAUUGGAAAAGUUCUUUGCCAGUGACAGGACAACUACUACCUUCAGAAGGAGUUCUUCACGGUGUUCAUCAACACCAAGGAUGAGCUCUGAACUGUCCUUGGAUCCAGAGACUUCUGAAAGCAGCACUCAGCAAUUCUCGGGUUUCAGCACCCCAGCCACCUCACAGGGCUGCUUGGAUUCUUCAGCUGCUAAAUCCAAGAUAGCUUUAAACCCCCGGAAGCAGAAGAAAAGGAAGUCAACCUCCACACCUGUGAAAGUAAAGCAGGAGGAGCAACUCCAAUCAGUGCCAGCCAAAGAGAAGACUACAACCAAGACAAAAGAAGCUGAGCAAGGGGAGCAGAAAGUGGACAGUACAGAACUAUCAAGCCAGGAGCAAAGCUCCAAAACCGAGACUCAGGAUACAACAGUAGAUAAGACUCCAAGUACUGAUCCUGCUUUACGACUCAAUCCAAGAAGACGUAGAAGAAGGGCCAAAAAUGAGUGGGAGAUCCUAGAAAGAGGCCUUCUAAAGUCCACUCAACGGUACAGCCUGAACACUAAAGCUGAGUCUUCAGCUAAUAAAGAGAUAGCUGGCAGGGAGCACUCUUUCUUGAAGCUGUUCCUGGAGAAGAAAGACACAGGGCAGCCCACAACUACAGAAGCAGAAGUUACUAGUGUUCAGGAGAUGCCAUCAGAGAAAGAGGAUGUGGAGAGGGAAUUGGCCGACAUAGAUGUUGAAGCUGAAAAAGCACCAGCACCACAACCUACAUCUACAGAUGUGGCAGAGUCCAUGAUUAGUGGUCCAUCACCGCACUGUGAAGACAAGAAGAAGAAGGAUAAAGUUGGUGUGUUGCCAUGUAUCAAAAAAUCUACAAGCCAAAAAGAGGUCACUGACUUGAGGAAAGAAGAGGUCCAAGUGCAUGUGCAUCCUUCUCAAGUCUGUGGAGAAGGAGAGGAAGCAUCAUGUCCUGAUUUGCAAAGGGUUCAACCCCAAAUGAAGGUAUCAUUGGAGAGCACAACUUACCACAAAGAGAAGCAUCCAAGAAGUGGUCUCCUGGCCCCUUCUACAAGUGUUUCAAGUGCUACUGCAGAAGAUGAUGUUUCUCCGAAGAUGAAUCUGCCUCUCUCUCUCAGAAGGCGGCCAAAUACAGGGGAAACCUCCUCAGAUUCGAAGAGUACCUCAGAGUAUGAAAGUAGUUCUGAAAUGCAACUGAGUCCUGCACAUUCUUUCAAACCUACAAGGAAGCCUAAAGAUGAUGCUGGUGCUGGAACUGCUGAUGAUGAAGAAGAUGGAGAUGAUGAUAAAGAAGAAGAGAAAGACAACGAUGAUGAUGAAGAAGAAAAUGUCUUCCUCAAAUCAGAAAAUGUAGACGUAGAACUGAGCAAGAUGGAGAAGCAGCAGCCUCUCAGAUAUUCUUCUAAGUUACUAGGAAAACCCAAAGCUAGAGAGACCUCUGCAAAACUAGAGAGUUCUUCAGAAGAUGAGAGAAGUUGUGAGGAAAUGACAUCUGCCCAUUCUUCCCAGUCCUUGGAAGAGUUUGAAGAAUGCUCAGAAUCAAGAGGUUUCAUCAGAGGUUCCAUCUCUGAAGAGCGGACAGCAACCAAGUGCCAUUCCCAGGCCUUGCAGGAGUUGGAGGAAAAGGAAGUCUCCACAGAAUCAAGUAGUUACAUUGAGAAGUACAAGAGUUCUGAGGAUCUGAGCAGCUCAGAGAAAGAGCAGCAAGUGCCCCCAGUUUCAAAGAGUUCUCUAAAACAGUGGAGUGAUCCUACCAAGCCAGUGCACCCCAUACACACUGCUCAGCAACAACCUCCCAUCAUGGUGAACAUUUCUGGAGGACCAAAGAAAUCUGGAGAGCCACUGUCUCCCACCCACUCUGUCAAGUCAUGGCUAAGAUCUCAGUCUGAGUAUCAAGUUCUUGAAGAGCCAGAAGGCGUUGCUGCUGACUGGGACAUUUUUAUGCAGCCCCCACCCAGGCCAAGACUUGAGCAAGAAGUUUCUGCAGGUCCAGAACUUACUGUUUUUGAAAAGAGUAUUGCUGCACAGCCUUCUGGAUAUCCUCCUCAGCCUUCAGUGAGACCAAGCAUCAAGAAAGAAAUAUCGUUGGCUGCAGAAAGUGCUCCCUUAGAGUCCCCACCUCCUCAGCAUCAUUUUCAGCCACUAUUGAAGCCCUUCGUAAAGCAACAGGUAUCUGCUUUUGAAAAAGUUAUUUCUAUGGAUCCAAAGCUUCCAACACAGAUCCAGCCAUGGAUGAAGCCUCAAGGAAAGCAAGUAUUUUCUUCCACUCCAGAGAGCACAGCAUUUGAAGGGAGCACUUCUGUGGACCAUAUGACUCUGACCCUUUCCCAGCCUAUGCUACAGCCUUAUCAAGAAGUGCCUUUAGAAUCAGAGACUGUUGCUGCUAAAAUGAUUUCCAUGGGCCAAUUGCACUCCAAAUAUUCUGUUCACCCCUUACCAAGUCAUCAAAGCCAACCAGUCCCAGAAAGCACCUCAGCAGAAGGAGAGGAGCUGCUGCCUUCUCAGCCUUCAGUGACACCCAAACUCCAGCCACUGAUGACCCAAGGCAGUAUUCCUUCUGCAUGGACCAUUCCUAUUUAUUCCCCAGCUCCCAGAACGGCUUCUAAGCCCUUGAUGGGAUCAGCCAUCGCUUCAGAGUCAAAACCUUCUAGGUACUCUUUGCAGCCAUGGCAAAGCACGCCAUUUAAACAAGUGUCUGUACCCCCAGAUCAUGAUCCUGCUGCUGCUGCCGCUUCAUGGAGCCCUCCACCAACUUCCAGAAUACCUUCUCAGCCCUUGAUGAGAUUAGCUGUCAAGCAACCAACCUCUACAGAGUUAGCGAGUGUUUCUGUGUCACAGAGCAGCUCUCUGGAGCGACUGUCUUCCAGAUUCCCCUUCCAGCCAAGAGCAGAUCCAGAGCACUAUGGAGCAGAGGAAGGAGUUGCUACAUUGAGGAGAUCUAGAAGGCAGCAUUCUCAGUCCCCAUUGGGCUCAGAAUUCGAGGAAGACAUUUCCUCAGGUUCUCGGAGAGCUUUUAAAGAACGGAGCAUUUCUGUGGGAAAAAUGCCUCCCAAAUAUGCUCUUCAGCCACGGUUGUGCCCCAAAUUUGAGCAGCAAUCCAAAGAGGGGGAUGUUUUGAGGGAGGCCUGGCUUUCAGGACAUCCUUCCCAAACCAUUAGCAAACAUAAAGUCGAGAAAACACCCUCAAGCUCUGAGAGUACCUCUAUGGAGGGAGGCAUUCAUUGGAGGUCACUGCCUCCCAAAUGUCCCAGCCCAUUCUUAAACAGAUCUAAAGUUCAGGAAAUAUCUUCACGUCUAGAGAGUGCUAUUGCUCAAGAGAACUCCAAGAAACCACAGAGAGGCAGGAAACCACAGAGAGGCAGGCCACCUUCCAAGUCCUUUGUGAACUUCAUGGCACAGCAAGUAUUUUCAGAGAGUGCCCCUAGUGAAGCGGUCCUUCAUCCAAAGCCUGUUGCUCGGGGCCGAAGGCGUCCUUCCAGGUCCCUGUUGAAGCCUAAACUUGACGAUUAUGCUUUCUUAUAUAAUUGGGAUGAUGAACCCAAGGAAGACACCACAUUGCAGAAUCUGCCCAUGAAGCAGCCUUUUCAGUUAUCCAGAAAGCCGGAAGAGCCCCAAGAAGUUCUGCCAUUUUCCGAGGGUGCCCCUGUGAAGUGGAACACUUCUGCCAGGGAUAUCUCUCAGGCCCUGGGGAAGCUCUCAGUUUCUGUUAGUCUUCCGGAUGAGUGGGAGAGUUCUGAAGGACAGCUGCCUUCCACGCAGCCCUCUCAAGCCUUUGAUAUAGCUGAGUUGCAGUCACCGGUUUUACCAGUGGACUCAGCAAAUGUUCCUAUGGAGUGGAGAAUUUCUCAGGGCCAUCAGCCUCCUCAGUCUUUCUUUGUUGACUAUCAGCAACAAGUUUCUGUAGACUCUGCCAGUGCUGCUGCUGAAGGAGCCAGCUGCUGGCCCAUGCUGAAAGACCCAGCUUCAACAACAAAUGUCAAAUACAGUCAAGGCUACAGGGAUUUCACUAAAAGCACCCCAACUUCUGUUAUCAAACCUGCCACAUUCGCUUCUGCUCCUGCCCAGAAACCAAUGGUUUCCAUGGGCACUUAUUUUAAGGAUGAGGUUCCCAAGUGUUGUGAUGAAACUGGAAGUUCUCCACUCCUAUCCACCAGCAAGGCUGAUGUCGAAAAUGUUUUUGGAGUGCGGUUGCGAAGAACCUCACAGAAGAUUGGAAUACAGAAUCCGGAUCCUUGCAAGCCAUUUGUCCUCAUUCCAGCAGCAGCAAGAAAAGAACAGGCAAACAAAGGAGAUCUCCAGGGCUCAGUUGGAGGCCCAAAGCAGUCCAGACCAGCAUUUAGCUUUGAGAAGAAGCAAGGGAACUGGCCCAGAUAUGAAGGCACUUUGAAGAAGUCAGAAGUUUUCAGGCCUCCAGGAGAGACCUCUAUUUUGAAGGCAAAUUCCCCUGUGGAGCCAGCUUGGAUCACCACGUUAAAACAGCGGCAAAGGGGCUUUGUAUCCCAAUUUCUUAAAAAACACAGGACCAGAUCUGAAAUUGGUGUGGUGACCAAGGAUUCUAGAUAUGAGGAAUCUAAACCCAUAACUGAUAUCCCACCAAAGAAGACUUUUCUUUCCAGUUUCCCCAGAUGUGCGGUGCCACAUUUAAGGCACUUUCCAAAAUCAGUUGCAUUUUAUGAUCAGAAGAUGCUUCACCCACGUACCAGGGAAAGACUAACCAGACGAUCUUCGAGUCUUCCACCCACACUUCCACAUCGUGAGGAGCCUGAGUGGUUCUCAGUGGCCAAGAAGAAAGCCCAAGCAUGGAGCCAAAUAGCAAAUAUCAUGCAAUAAAUAGCUCCUAGAUGGAGCAUCAGCAUUUUCAGUAAUAAUUGCCUGUAACUAUGGUAAUUCCAUAUAAUAUUUUUUGCCAGGGCUAGUUUUUAUUAGGGAAAAUAACUUUAGAAAUAGGAAUUAACAUUUUUAAUUAUUCGAAUGAAAUAAAUGCUAUUAACAUCUAACCCUCAGUAACUGACUACCAACAUCCCCGAACCCAGCAUGUUCUCCAGAAAAGCUGUUACAGAAUUGUAAAAUCAUUAACUUUAGACAUUGUGCCUUUAAAGAAAGGAAACAAUCGUAUUUUGCUUCAGCAACUUAAAGGUUGCCAUUUCUUUCAAUCAAUUAAUUUCAGUGGAAAGAUUCAGGUGAUUUCUUGAUGUACUUUCUGGAUGUACUUUCAACCAGGCAGGUGGCAAGUUCAGUAGUUAGACUGUGUGUUUGCUGCCUCUGGAGAGUGACUUUCCUCUCUGGCUCCAGGCUUAGGGCAGAGAACUCUAUGUAACUCAGAGUCUUAGUUAAUUUUUCUAUUGCUGUAAUAAACUCUCUGAUAAAAUCAACUUAAUGGAGAAAGAGCUUAUUUUGGAAGAAUUCUAAUGUAUAGUCCAUCACUGCAGGGAAUUCCUGGCAGCCAGAACUUGAUGAAGUUAGUUACAUUGUUUUUCCAGGCAAGAAAUGGAAACUUUCUCCCUUUAACAUACACAGCCCAGGAUCCAAGCCUAAUGAAUAGUGUCACCUAUGGUGGGUGGGUUUUCCCCACCUUAAUUAACCUUUUCAUUUUUAAAUUCUCCACAUUUAUCCUAUCUCUCAGUCUAGCAAACAUUAUAAGAAAGCCACCUUUAGAUGCCUUAACAGCAAACCUAGGAUCAUUUUCCUAGAUACAAAGGACAUCUACUUCUGUCACUUGGUGUUUGCUUUGCUUAAACAGAAAUACAGCCUUGAACACCUAUGUUGGAUGCUUCUACAUUCAAAACCAUGUCUAGAGAGGCAAUGAGAUUCUAUAGCUAGCUUAAAUAACUGGCGCUGGUUUUUUGCUGAUGAUGGUAUAAUGAGACACUGUACAACAACAUGCUGGAUUUUUCAUUUAGUCUAUAAAACACCUCUUUAUUUUGAUCCUCUAGAUUUACCCUUUUGAUAGUGUUAAGGUUUUGAAUGACUGGAUUUCAUUCCAUAUAUGUUACCAUAGUGAAUAAUUUGUUUAAAUCAAUGCCCUUAACAUAUGUAAUUCUAGUACACCAACUCUAACACUUCCCUUCCCCAUUUUUGCCUAUACCUUCAUUACAUCAUUCUCACUAUGAGAACUCCCCACUAAUAAUAUUUCUUCCAUUACUAAGAAAACUCAGUUUUUAAUCAUAAGGAUAAGUAUUUUUUUAAGGUUAAGUAUUUUUAAUGCUUAGAAAUAUAUUCUGAUAAGUUUCCUUUUUUCUUUUUAGCUUUCUUUGUUUUUGAUUAG